AUGGACGAGGCUGCAAGCGGCGUGAGCCAGCUGCCUUGGAAACACAUGAAGCAAGAGUCCAUCUGCAUGACGUGUGGCUGCUCUUCGGCCAUUUCGACUCCGACGGCCUGGGCCACUUCCUGCAGUUGGGAUUUGCGUGAGACCUAUGACGCCGUGAGACCCUGUGGACAAGGCCUGCAUGGGACCGUGUUCGUUGGGGAGUCGAAGGCAUCGCCGUCUCGUCGGACGCAGGGCCGCAAGGUGGCGGUGAAGGUCACGGACUCGGACGAGGACCGCGUCAGAAGAGAAGUUGGCUUCAUGUUUCAGACGGGCGAGCAUCCCAACAUUGUAUCAUUGCUUGGCGUGUUCGGUGUAGAGAAGGCGGACGCUUCUUUCAAGCGCGAGCGCUACGCGCUGGUCAUGGAGCUGGGUUCCAGCGGUGAUCUUGGAGCCCUGCUUGCACGCGGCGUGCUUCCAGAGUUCCGAGGGACGGAGAUCAUGAUCGGUGUAAUGUCGGCGCUGGCGUUCCUGCACAGCCAGCGCAUCGUCCACCGGGAUGUGAAGCCCGAAAAUGUUGUCUUGCAUGCUGACCAUCGUCCUAUGCUGGUUGAUUUCAGCAUAGCUGCAUCCUUAGACGAUCCUACUGCGCUGCUGCGGAGCAGUGGCUCACCAGGAUACGCGGCUCCUGAAAUAGUUGAGCAGCGAGCUCACUGCGAGAAAGUGGAUGUUUUUGGCGCGGGUGCUCUAUGGUACACAUUGAUGUCGGGGCGAUUGCCAUUUCCCGGCAAUAGCACGAAGGAGAUCCUUGCCAACUCACGCCGCUGUGACGUCGAGCUGGCCAUGAGCUCUUGCCCGGAAUGCAAUGAGCCGCGCAUGCAGUCGCUGUUGAAAGGAAUGCUGGCAAGGAAUCCUUCGGAACGACCCUCGGCACUCGAGUGCUUCAAGUCUUUCUGGCAACUUUCCGAGGCUGCGAGGGGAACUCCAGCCUCCGUGGACUCCAUGGUGGCCAUGGCCUCUUUGGGCCUGACCCCGAAGCCAAAGCUCCCGGUUCCGGAGCGCCCGACGCCAGGUGAGUCGGCGUCCGGUGGCAGCAACGUUUCUGACAUCGCGUCGGAAGCGAAGUCGAAAGCGCUCGUCGAGGAACUGAGCCUUUCAGCCUCAGCAUCAAAUAUGAUGGAACUCGUGGUCAAGACGUUUUGCCUGCAGCGCCUGCAUGUCUGUGGGACCGUCCUGACUGUGAGCGCGCACUAA